AUGGUUGCUACAGGAGAACAGAUUCUUCCGGGCAAUGAGACUAAAGCCUUACUACAACAUGAAUCUAGUGUCUCUCAUCCUAAACUCGACUUGGAUCAUGAUACCUUACAAGAAUUAAAUAAAGCAAAUAAAUCUUCCUCGUUAGAUGAGUCACUUGAAAUAAUUAAGCCUGAUAUACAGCAUGAUCAAGGAAAUAGCUUGUUUUGUGUCCAAAGUUUUGAUCGUAAUAUCUUACAAGCUGGGGGAAAACAAUCAAAUGAGCAGGCUUCUGGAUGUGAGAACAAUCUUUCGUCUAUAAAAUUAUUACAACGGCAAGCAUCACCAGAAAUGGAGCUUGAUUUUAAGUUUGGGGCUGCACCAAAAAUUAAAGAGUCUAACUUUAAUUUCAAAUUUAUGGGAGCUGAGAAGAUUGUGGUGCCAAAAAUAACUCUCAAUGGCAACUAUAAUUCUGAAGGCAGAAAACCUAGGAUCAAAAAAUCUUUUCUAGAUCUAUUAAAGUCUAAAAAUGUUUCUGAAAAUAAUAGAACAAAGUCGAGAAAAAUAGGAACAGAUGACAGUUCUAGCUCAAUUAAAAGUAGUAAUAUUUUAAGAGCAUUAGAAGCUGAUUUAUUACUAGUUAGUAAUUCUACUGAAGAGAGCUCAAAGAAUCCGAAUAAAAUUUCAGAUGAUGACUCCAGACAUCUUGAACAAUCGAUCAAUUCUGUAUCACAAUUGAGCAAAAUUAAUAGUAUGUAUGCCGAGAAAAGUUCUACUCAAAUUGUAAAAAAUUUAGAAAACCAAGAUCAGAGAAAUAAUUUUUCCGAAAAAAAAGUUCAAAAUUUGGCAAAUAUUUCUUCACAAACGCCCUUAUGGACAUCUAAACAUCACAGAACCGAGAACAAUAGUCUUUCAUCGUCGCUUUCCUCUGAGGUUCUCGAAUCACGGACAUCUGAUAGGAAGUUGUUAGAAAACUCCCCUAAGAAAAAUUUAAUGUAUGACCAAAGAACACUGCAAAUUGCUAAAUCAUGCCAUAUUUUUGUAGAUAUAGCGAAGGAGUGUGAGCUUAAAUCAGCUAAAAUUCAGGCACAGAAGUACCAAAUAAAUGAGCUUGAAAAUUUUGGUAAAAUCUGGAGCGAGAGGAAUAAAAAAUUAGAAAUUGAAACUUUCGAAUUAAAACACAAAAUUCAACAAUAUGUCUCUAUCCAUCAAAGUUGUAAAAAUCAAGUUACUGAGUUAAAAAUAUCUCAUGAGAGUAUAAAACAACAAUGGAAAUCGUAUUUGAUAAAUUUAGAGCCGACUCAAAUAACUUUUAGACUCUUAAAAUGUGAAAUUGCAAAGAUUAAAGACUAUUUACGAACUGAGAGCGAAAAUUUUACAAAAUUUCGAGAAAACUUAAAAACAGUGACUAAAGAUAUUGGUGAAGCUAAUGAAAAACUUGCUAAAGAAAAUGAAAUAUAUUCAGCUAAAAUUCAAUGCUUACAACUAGAAAAUAGGAAAUCGAUAGAUCAUGUUACUGAACUAGAUUUCACGAAUAAAAGACUAGAGUUUAAAGCUAGAAAGCUUGAGAUACAAAAUUCUGUGCUUGAAAUACACAAGACUAACGCAAGUCAACAGCUACGAAAACAGAACUUGGAACUACAGGAAUUAUUAUUUGAGAAAAAAGCACUAGAGGAGCAAAUACGCAGCACAGUAAUAUUCCAAAAAUAUGAAAUUACUUCAAUGUCGGAUAGCUUAAAUAGGGAGAAAAUUAGAACAUCAAAUCUCGAAAAAGACUUAGAAAGAUAUCGGACUUACCAACUUGAGGUUUUGAAUAGUAUACAGGAAAUGCCUGCGGUAAUUCUAUCUGGACUCAUGGGCGAAGAUAGCUUGCUAUCUAAAAUGAUAGACCAAGAGAAUAAAUCUCAGGAAAAGAUCAAUCAGGCUAUAAGUAGUCUUGAAAUUAUCGCAAGAGAUACACCGAUUUCUAUGAAAAUGACUAUGGAGAAUAUAUCUGCAAAGUUUGAGUGCAUGCUCAGCGGCUCAGAAAGUAACAGCUCUAAGAUAAGGGAGUCAAUAAUUGAGCUUAUAAAAGAUGCGAAUCAAAGCUUUGUUGACCAAGGGACACAAAAUCACCUAAAUAAUGCCGUUUCUUCUCUUAGUAAGUUUAAUGAGGACUUGUUGAAUCAAAAUAAGGCCCUAUAUGAUGAGAAAAUGCAUGUGGCAUCGGAAUUUCACAAGUCAAUCUCAAUUUUCUCGACUUUUGAAGAAAAUUUAAAAAAUAAGAUUGAUGAAUUUAAUGAAGCCAUUGCCUCGCAAAAAGAAGUUUCUUUGCUUAAGUCUCAAAUUGCUGAAAUUGAAAAUAAAAAUAUUGACCUGAAUGAUAAGCUAAAAUCAAAAAACGAAGAAUUUUUGAACCUUAAAAAUGACUUGAUAUCAGAAAAUGAAUCAAAGGAACAAAAAAUUCAGGAGCUCGAAGUAACAAUCCGUCAUAACGAAAUAAAAUUGAAAAAUUUUGAUGAUGAGAAAAUCAAACUUUUGGCAGAAAAAGAUGAGAAAAAUAAAAUAGUAUGCCGAGAGCUCACUGAAAAUGCAAAUUCAUCUAAAGAAAUAGUAAAAUUGAAACAAGAAUUUGACGUAGAAAGUCUUCAGCAAAAAAUUAAGAACAAAGAUUUCGAUCUAGGGUCUAGACUUGGUGAGGAUUCAAAUUGUAGAAAAAAUUACGUGGAGGCAGAGCAAAAGAUCUUGGGACUACAGGAUGAACUCCAUUUAAAAAAUGAAACGUCCAAAAAGCUCGAGUUAGAAGUAGCUAGUUAUAAAGAAUAUUAUUCAAAACAGGCUGCACAAAUACAGGCUCUUAAGGAGCACUCUCUUGGGAUAGAGUUACGAAGUAAUUUAAAAAUCGAGCUUCUCUCAGCUCUAAGCGAGAUCUCAGAGCUUAGGGAUAUAUUUCAAAGCGUUAGAAUGGAUAACGCACAGCUUAUUGAAGAGUCUUCGAAUAACCAAAAGACUAUUGAAAAAUGCUUGCAAGAUUAUGAAACACAAUCUAAAGAACUUGGGACUAAAGAUUUGCGGCAAAAAUUCUUAUCAAGCAAUCUAUAUUUAUCGAAGGAAAAUCCUGCUCUUACAGAGGUGCUAGGUUAUCAUAAGCCCAAAGAAGAUAUGUAUUCACAAAGUAAAGAAAAUUCACAUAUCAUUGGGCUAGUUACAGAAACAGAUGAAGGUAGUAUCGAUAAGAAAGUUCAAGAAUCAACCAUGGAAUUUGAGUUUAAGCCUGAUGAUGAUCUUUUUAGCGAGAAAUUAAUAACACAACAAAAAAACACAGAAUUUAUUAGCCAGGUUUCAAAAAAAUUGAAAGCUAAUACUAACUUAAUGAUGUCGACAAGCAAUUACUCACAAUGUUGUACAAAUGAUUUUCCUCAAUUACUAGAUGAGAGUGAGGUGGAAAAUAAUACGUCAAUCGGCAAAGAACAUCCAGUACACUCCAAUAUUAUCUCUGAUUCAUUCUCUCUAGGUGAUAUUGAUACAGCAAUAGAAAGUGCUCCUUUUUCGUUAAGUCAGGAUAAUGAGAUAACAGCUAUGUUAAUAAAUAUUGCUGGUGAUCCAGCUCCUAUCCAAAGAUCUGAGGGAGAAAAGACUAGAUGUGGAUCUAAACGUAUCAAAAACCCACUGACUUACAAGCAAGUUACAGCUGAUUUCUCACCAUCCACUAAUGUAGGAUACGAUGAACUCGAUGAACCUUCCUCCAAGAAACAGAAGUCGGGAUCUCGGAUAGUAGCUUCAAGCACAAGAAAAGUGAAAAAGCAAUCAGAUCUAUCAAGACCCAAAAGAAGCUCUCUAAGAUGUAAGAUUGAGCAAAUAAAUCACCCUAAAUUGUGUCUCGAAAACCAAAAAAUAAAUUCCAAGUGUGACAAUCAGUCUUAUACCCAAUCUAUAAAAUCAGAAAACUGCAAAUCAGUGCCAGCCGAAAGUAAUGUUAAGCAAAGACGCCAGGAUCCAAUUUUUUUAAAGGAGACCACAGUGGCUAAAUUUGGAGCUGAAAGAAAUACCAGAGGACGCAACAAAUCAAAGCUGGAUAUCACGUACCCACAGCCUAAAGAAAAUAGAGCUCUUAAAUGA